UUGAAAAUGAAGAAGUCAGCAUUUUCCAAACAGAAAAGCAAGUUUAAACCUGCUGAGAAAGAUAGAGGAAGCAAAGCUCUACAGUUAUUCGAAGCAGAUUCUGACAUCUCUUCCAGUGAAGCAGACUUUGAGAGAGAUUUGUCUCAAUCAAACUUAUUGGGAACAAAGUUAUCUUCAAUCCUCAAGAAACCUUCUAGAGAGAACCAUUUGGCUCCCAGCCCUAUGAAAAAUUUGGGUCAGAGCCAGAAGAGCAUGAAAGCUACCCCAUUACAAUCUAUUUUGAAGAAGACUCCUUCUGUGAGGAUCACAAAAGGGCCUUCUACUGAUAGGAGUCACGUGCCUGGCAGUAUGCUUCUUUAUGAGUCUUCUGAGAAGAAAAUGGUCAUUCGAAGAGGUAAACCUCUCUACAGGCUUAGGAACUAUUCUCAAGAAGAUUUACACAAACAUCAGCAGCCAGAAAUUUUUACAAGUUACACUCAGAAGCCUGAUAAUCAACAAACCAGAAACCGGAUAAGUCUCGAUGAUAGGAUGAAUGAUUUGAAAUUAAUCCCAAAACAUGGGUUUGCAUCAACAGCAGCUGGCCUAGGCAAAGGGACAGAUGUAGGAUUCCAACAUAGAAAUAGCGAGAAUAUUAACCGGAUACACAUGAACAGAGAUAUUAACUAUGGCAGGCAUCAGAAAACACCUUGGCUUGAGAAAGGAUUCUUUUCAACAGACAUGAUCAAAUUUGAACCAACUUAUCCAAACUAUAAUUCUGUCACAGUUGGGAGAGCUAAGGUAAAUGAUAUGUAUGAAUCAACAAUUCCUAAUUUACGAAGAGGAACAAGACUGCGAAGAGAUGACACACUGGAUCAUUAUAGUACAUUCCUACCUGGAGGAGUGACUGUAGUUCCUCGAAUAGAAACUCCUAAAGGACCCACUGCAGAGUUUCACCCAAUGUAUUACCCAACUCCAUUCGGCCUCUCGUUGAUCAGGAAGGGUUAGAUCUCUUAUCUUCAAC